AUGCUGUGCUUCCUGGUGUUUGCCACCCUGGUCCUUUAUGGACACAGCACUCAGGACUUUCCGGAAACCAACCCCCGGGUAGUUGGAGGGACUGAGACCCAGAGGAAUGCCUGGCCCUCUCAGAUUUCCCUUCAGUACCUGUCUGGAGGUUCCUGGUAUCACACCUGUGGAGGGACCCUUAUUAGACAGAACUGGGUGAUGACAGCUGCUCACUGUGUGGACAGCCAAAUGACCUUCCGUGUGGUGGUCGGAGACCACAACCUGAGCCAGAAUGACGGCACUGAGCAGUACGUGAGUGUCCAGAGGAUCGUGGUGCACCCAUCCUGGAACAGAAAUAACGUGGCUGCCGGCUAUGACAUCGCCCUGCUGCGCCUGGCCCAGAGCGUUUCUAUCAACAACUAUGUCAGGUUGGGUGUUCUGCCCGCCGCGGGAACCAUCCUGGCUAACAACAGUCCUUGCUAUAUCACAGGCUGGGGCAGGACCAUGACCAAUGGGCAGUUGGCCCAGACCUUGCAGCAGGCUUACCUGCCCAUCGUGGACUAUGCCACCUGUUCCAGCUCUUCCUACUGGGGCUCUACUGUGAAGAACACUAUGGUGUGCGCUGGUGGAGAUGGGAUUCGCUCUGGAUGCCAGGGUGAUUCUGGGGGCCCCCUCCAUUGUUUGGUGAAUGGCCAGUAUUCUGUCCAUGGAGUGACCAGCUUUGUGUCCAGCCUGGGCUGUAAUGUCGCCAGGAAGCCCACAGUCUUCACCCGGGUGUCUGCUUAUAUCUCUUGGAUAAAUAACGUUGUUGCCUACAACUGACCAUUUUUCUGAGUCUAACAGCCAUCCCAAGUUGGCUCUUAG